AUGAAGCUGUCUCUCGUCACUGUCACCUUCCUCACCGGCUCUGCCCUUGCAACAUGGGGCACCGGCGGUGGCGACGAAGGCUCCUCAACGGCCGCACAUGGGGCCACGGCGGCGGACAAGGACUGCACAACCGAGGACUCUGGGGAGAAGACCAAGACACACGGCCACGGCGGCGGCGGUGGCGGAGAGAUGACCUACUCCACCAUCUACGAGACCCAGACCCAGACCAUCACAUCCUGCGCGCCAGAUGUCGAUGACUGCCCCGGCGAGCAGUACACAACCGUUACUGUCGCGGUCUCAACGACGCUCUGCCCAGUCACCGAGACCCAGCCCAUCCCGGUCACGACUGCUCCCGUCGCGCCACCACCCGUUCAGACCACCCCCGUCAAGACCACCUCCAUCGCAACGCCGCCCGCGCCACCUGUUGUGCCGUCGGUUGUGCCAUCUGGCAAGCCCAGCACUCCCGUCGUGGUCCCACCAGUGCCUACCACACCGGCGACCCUGUCCACGCGGACCACGCUGAGGCCAACCAACACGCUACCCCCCAGCAACGGCACAACGACCGCGACGCGCCCACCGGUCGUCACAGCCGGUGCCGCAUCCAACGGCGUUGGUGCCGGUGUGGCCCUGGCCGCCCUGUUGGCCGCCAUGGUCUAA